AUGGCCGAAGUUGCAUUAAGCUUGAAGGACGCAGAGCGCUGGUUGCAACAUCUACUCCAGCCGCAACGAAGUCAGGGAUGCCUGGAGCAAAGGAAGCAAGUCGAAGCAGCACGCGCAUUGGUCCUGGAUUAUGCCGACCGCAUUCGCCAAGCCGAGGCGGAGGAAGAGCUGAACGUGAACUUCAUCAUGCUGUCAGGGGCUGCGCUUGGCGAACUGCGGCUGACUCGGCCCACGAUGGUGCCAGAGGUGAAGAGGCAGCUUCAGUCACUGGUGGGAGAGCAGGGUUGGCCCUCGAAGCUGGUGUUGGAAGGUACCAUCCUUGACAACAGCCAGACCGUCGGCAGUGCUGGUAUCACUUUCGACACCACGAUCCAGGUCGUGGUCCAGCCGGCAGCAUAUCUCGUCGAGAGCGCUGGCGUGGAGAAAGUGAACGGCUACUACUUCAAGUCUCCCCGUCGCAUGAACGAAGCCGUCAUGUUCACCAACACCCGAGGAAUCAUGCUCUUCAGGUACAUUAUGCGUCGGGGUACUCCAUACUGGUAUUUCAGCGACGCUGGCGACCUCACCACAAAGCAUGGGGACUACUAUCGCAUACGCUCGACUGAUAGAUUGCCACCAGCUGAGGGCUGGAUAACUGAUGAUUGCCCGCGAGGUGAAGAUACGGCCUGCCCAACCUUACGAUUGCUUCUAGAGCCAGAGGUUCUCCUCGAGGACUGCAGCCCUUCCGGCUCGGAUGACGGCUCAAGUGACGUGUAA